AUGGCGGCGCACAUAGCACGACAAUCUCUAUUAUUUUGUUUCAGAUCAAGACUAGUACAUGCCAAUUCAAAUCAAAUACAACUACGGUGUGAAGUAGUUAAGCACAUAACCUGUAGUUUUAACUUAUGCACGACUUAUGGAGCCAAAGGGUCGAGUCCUACUCAGGAGAGCCCAGUGCACAUUCCACUUGAGAGACUAACAGUAUCCUACAGCAGAAGCAGUGGCCCUGGUGGUCAACAUGUCAAUAAAGUAAACACAAAAGCUGAGGUCCGAUUCCAUGUUCAAACUGCUGACUGGAUCCCAGAAGAUGUCAGACAGAAAAUUCUGGAGAAGAACAAAAAUCGAAUCAACAAGUCCGGGGAGCUUUUGGUGACUUCAGAAGUGAGCAGGAGUCAACACAGGAACCUUAACUGCUGCAUACAGAAGAUCUCCGACAUUAUUGCUGAGGCCACAGAAAAAACGUAUGAACCAACAGCAGAGGAUGUAGCCCUGAGAGAAGCAAGGUUGGAGAAGAGGAAUAAAGAACGGCUAAAACAGAAGAAAAUUGCAUCAAACAUCAAACAGAGCAGACGAGUGGGUUUUGACUGACGUUUACAAUGACGUGUUGAAUGUUUAUUAUGUAUUGCCUAU